CCUCUCCAGGCUGACUCCCUACAAUAAAAAGCGUCUGUGUCCUUCCGCUGGCACUGCGCUGGACACAAUGCGUCCAAACACCUGGAUGGAGGAGUCCAUGAAUCCGAUUUGUUCCCUCUGUUCUCUAUCUUAUCUUAGCGUGUCUUUUGUUGGGAACGUGAUGUCCUGGAUGUAUUUUCUCUGGAGAUUGGAGUAAAAAGAGAAGCGCGGUUCGCUGAGACCAUGUGGAGAGCAGAUCCGUCCUUUGGAGGGAGCACGGGAGGCGCAGAUCAACUUUACUAGGGGAGCAUUAUUUUCGUUUUCUUGGAAAGAAAAUAAAGAGUCUUUAUAGAGAACAAAGAGAGACGAGAUGGUAGAGAAUGGCUGCACCUGACCUUCUUGACCCCAAGGCUGCUGCACACAACUCCAAGCCUCGCCUGUCAUUCUCAGCGAAACCAGUUGUGCUAAACACUCCAGAAGACGAAUGUGACACCCGGACAAUGGUUAUGAGGUGGAAAACUGUAUCAGCCAUCUUCUUCCUGGUGGUGCUGUAUCUCAUCAUUGGGGCAACAGUUUUCAAAGCACUGGAGCAGCCUCAUGAGAGCUCCCAGAAACUGGCCAUUCUUGCUGAAAAACUAGAGUUUUUGGUCAUGCAUCCCUGCGUAAACUCUUCUGAGCUGGAGGAUCUGGUUAAGCAAGUUGUUUCAGCAGUUCGAGCAGGAGUGAAUCCAUCAGGAAAUCUAUCCAAUCAGAUGAGUCUCUGGGACCUUAGUUCCUCCUUUUUCUUUGCAGGGACUGUGAUCACCACAAUCGGUUUUGGGAACAUCUCUCCUCAUACAGAAGGAGGGCGGAUCUUCUGUAUUGUCUACGCACUGCUGGGGAUCCCUCUGUUUGGAUUCUUGUUGGCAGGUGUCGGGGACCAGCUGGGGACUAUUUUUGGGAAGGGCAUUGCCAAAGUGGAGAAAAUGAUUGUGAAGUGGAAAGUCAGCCAGACAAAGAUCCGUGUCAUCUCCACGUUGCUCUUCAUCCUGUUCGGGUGCCUCAUCUUCGUCGCUCUCCCAGCUGUCAUCUUUAAGCACAUUGAAGGCUGGAGCACCCUUGAGUCCAUCUACUUUGUUGUCAUCACCCUCACCACCAUCGGCUUUGGAGACUUUGUUGCUGGAGAAAAAGGUCACUUAACUGAGGGUGGGUCUGGAAGCCUGGAGUACCUCGACUACUAUAAACCUGUGGUGUGGUUUUGGAUCCUCGUGGGCUUGGCAUACUUUGCUGCAGUUCUCAGUAUGAUUGGAGACUGGUUUAGAGUAAUCUCCAAGAAAACUAAAGAAGAGGUUGGGGAGUUUCGUGCACAUGCAGCUGAGUGGACAGCAAACGUAUCUGCAGAGUUCAAAGAGACCCGCAGACGGCUCAGCGUCGAUAUCUAUGACAAGUUCCAACGGGCUGCGUCCAUCAAGCGUAAACUGUCGUCCGAGCUGGGAAUUAACACAUCCAUCAACCAGGAAAUGACCCCUGGCAAAAGGACUCUGUCAGCCAAUCUGUGUGAGGACAGAGAGACCUACCCCAACUUGACACUAUCUCUGAGUCCUGUACCGGGAGCUCUAACUAGGAACGGCAGCCUCUAUCUGAAUGGCCUCAGCCCAGACUAUGCUGAUCGGAGGGAGAUAGCCAUCAUCGAAAACCUCAAAUGAGGAUUAAAAUCAGACAACUGACAACACAUAAGAGAUCGUAAUAUACACGUGUUUAUUGAUGGAGCAUCACCGAUGAGGUACCCAUGCACAUUAAGUAGAUUGUGUUCCAGUGAAACACUUAAACACAGAUCAGUCAUCACACUGUGUACAUUCACAUGUGUUUACCGCUCACACACGAAAGCCAACUGGUCGCAUUAAUUCUGUGAAAGGCAUCAGACUUUCAUUAUGCCCCUGGCAACAUGACCAGCACCUGUGCUAGUGAUCGAGCCAAAUGGAAAUUAUGCUGCAGACAGGAACAAAUGAUUGUUCUAGAGGUGUGAGUUUAACAAACUUCUAUUUUGUGCUGGAAGGAAAUUAAAGCCUGUACUGAGGUAGCAGCGCACUGGAUAUCCUCUCAUCAAAAUAUUCCCCCAAUAGACACAGAAAUAUACAACAAAUAUUUGAAGGCAAUAGACGCAUCUUUGCUCAUCUUUUGUUGGAUUCAGAGGCCUAGAAAUCUGCAUCAGAUCAAGGAUCCUCUGCUAAAAAUGUACUGUUCCAACGCAAAAGGAAUGUCACAUUCUUUUACGUUCCUCUUCUUUCAUUAUGAAUUAUAUGCCUUGCAUCCACCAGUCAGUCCAAACUCACUAAGGAGAUGAAUGUUGACAUUUUAGUUCUUUCAUGACUGACAUUCAGCUUUUCAACUUAAAAAAAAUCCACUGGUGCCUUACUGGAAAUGACACUGAACAUGUGAGAACGAUAAUGCAUGAAAUUCUGAGCUCUGCCUGUCCACUUGUUCAUGUUAUAUUUGAGCACAGCACUAAUUAAGAUGGUUUUUAGGUAUCUGGACAUUUUCGUUUAUCUCAUAGUAAUCCUUUUAAAUUUAAAAUACAGAAUCUGUUGUAUGCAUGAAAAAUUAGUGUAAAAACUGAGAUAGCGUACGAUAAAAGUUCAAUUUAUGUUUUAGGCAUUAACAUCAUUACCUGCACAGUGCUGGGCUUUGCUCAUCAAACCCCACCCUCCCAUAUACCAAAGUACGGGUCCUGCUUUUUUUAAACACAAGAUGGAGAUCUUCAGGUCCAGUGUUGUUUUUUUUUUUUUUU